GCAGAGCAGAGUCUGCAGAUCAUGGAGGGAUUCAACCAUUCUGGAGUAUCUGAAUUUGUAUUACUUGGACUUACUGAUUCUCCUGAGCUCCAGAUUUUUUUCUUUGUGAUGUUUUCUGUUUUCUAUUUACUAACUAUGUCAGGCAACUGCUUGAUUUUGCUCACAGUCCUAUGCACCCCACACCUUCACUCCCCCAUGUAUUUCCUCCUCAGCAACCUGUCUCUCAUUGACAUGUGCUUGUCCUCCUUUGCCACUCCAAAGAUGAUCAUGGACUUCUUCACUGAGCAUAAGACCAUCUCCUUUGAGGGCUGCAUUUCUCAGAUCUUCUUUUUGCACCUUUUCACUGGGACUGAGAUUGUGCUGCUGAUCUCCAUGUCUUUUGACAGGUACAUUGCCAUAUGCAAACCUCUCCAUUAUUCAACAAUUAUGAGCCAAAGAGUGUGUGUUGGGCUUGUGGUAACUUCUUGGACAGUGGGCUUCCUGCAUACAAUGAGCCAGCUAGCUUUUACUCUCUGUUUACCCUUCUGUGGUCCCAAUGUUGUAGACAGUUUCUUCUGUGACCUUCCUUUGGUCAUCCAGCUGGCUUGUAUAGAUGUCUAUGUUCUUGGAAUCUUCAUGAUCUCAACUAGUGGUGUGAUUGCUCUUGUAAGUUUUCUGCUUUUGCUCACCUCCUAUGUCAUUGUUCUUGUCACUAUCAAGGACCACUCCUCCACAGGAUCAUCUAAGGUUUUUUCUACCUGUACUGCACAUUUCCUAGUUGUGUUAAUGUUCUUUGGGCCCUGCAUCUUCAUCUAUGUGUGGCCUUUCACCAACUUCCUGGUGGACAAAGUUCUGUCUGUUUUCUAUACCAUCUUUACCCCCUUCCUGAAUCCACUUAUCUAUACUUUGAGAAACCAGGAAAUGAAGAUGGCUGUGAAGAAGAAACUAAGUAACCAAUAUCUAAAUCUUGGGAAAACUUCUCCUAGAUAUCCAGUGCAAUCAAUCUCCUGAGAUUUAUAUCAUCAGUUUAUUUUUAUAGCAAUACUUAGUAUCUUCAUUUCAAGUCUUUUAGUUUAAAUUCACAAAAAGAAGAAGCCAGGGUUGAGAGAUGUGAAGUAAUCUUGUCUAAAAAUUACUGAGAUGUUUGUGAGCCUUUUGAGGUUACAGACACAUUUGAAAAUCUGCUGAAAUCUAUAGGUUAUUUUCACAGAAAAAUGCACAUAUAAUCAAAACAUAAAUUCAGGGCUUCAUAUACCCAUGAAUCCUAUCAACAUACCUCAGCAACUUAGAGAAACCUGAGAUAAAAUACUGUUCUCUUGUCUUCUACCCCAGAACAUUCGUACUCAGUUGCACAGCCUUGUGGUACUUUGAUGGUGUCCACUUGCAGAACUUUGAUUAAAAGUGUUUAUUUUUCAUUAGAAAUAUUUUUAUGGGAAAAUUCAAAUGGUGAAGAGAUUCUUCUGAGUCAACUUUGAACAAAAGAGAACAGUUUGGAGGAUCUGAAAUUUAACAAUCUGGUUUCUUAAGAGGUGUAUAGAUCAUUACCACACUUGAUAUAGCAAA